AGGCUCUGUGAAGCACUUUAUCUGCAUGAUCACAUUUAUUCUCCAUGAAUCUCUAGGGUAGUUUUAUCCCUUCUUUAUAGAUCAGGACACUGAGUCUCAUGAUAAGUAAGUCCCCUGAGGUCACGCCGCUUUGGGACCUGCGAUUGAUAUACAAAUUGCUGUGGCCAGGUCUUCACCACUCGUUUCUCAACGGACUAGAUGGAAGAGGCCUGAGACUACAGAUCAAGGGCUUGGCCUUAGGCAUCUGGCAGAACACAGUGCUUACUGCUGAACUGGGCAGUGGAUCCUGGAAAUACUGGGGGUAGUGCCUGCCAGAAGGUAGGAAAGUGGCCAGAGUGGUUGCAUGUAGCUCAUAGGACUUGAUCGGGCAUCUAAGAUUUGCAUUCUUCCUCAGACCCAUUCUGGGCAGUAGGUAGAGUUUAGCGUGUAUACAAAUGCCCUCUAAUCUCUAAAUGAUGGCGCUUGGGAGUGGGUACUGACCGUGCUGUUGGGAGGAGUUCAGAGAUGGGCCAGGGCGAUGCACGUGGAAGUCGUACCUUGAGCCAAACCACAGAGCAGAAAAUUGGAGCAGAAUUAUAUAAAUCAAGGUCAGAAAUUUCCCGUCCAACCCACAGGGUGGAGUUUUCGCUAUUCCUAUCCAUCCUCCUGAAUAUAAACCCUGAUUUGAUGUCAGUAACUGGAAGGAGCAGCUGGUGGGACUCUCCUUUCAGCUCUCAGCAUUCACCAUGAAUCUCAAGGUAGUCCUCGUGUUCCUGGCACUGUCUCUCAUCACCAUCUUUGCCCUGGCCUAUGUCUUGCUGACCAGCCGUGGUGGCUCCAGCCUGCCUCCCCGCUGCCCCUCUGUAUCCCCCCGUGCCCAGCCCUGGACACACCCUGACCACAGCCAGCUGUUUGCAGACCUGAGCCGAGAAGAGCUGAUGGCUGUGAUGAGCUUCCUGACCCAGCAGCUGGGGCCAGACCUGGUGGAUGCAGCCCAGGCCCGACCCUCAGACAACUGCGUCUUCUCGGUAGAGCUGCAGCUGCCCCCCAAGGCUGCAGCCCUGGCCCACCUGGACAGGGGGAGCCCCCCACCUGCCCGGGAGGCACUGGCCAUCGUCUUCUUUGGCGGACAACCCCAGCCCAAUGUGACGGAGCUGGUGGUGGGGCCGCUGCCCCGGCCCUCCUACAUGCGGGAUGUGACCGUGGAGCGUCAUGGGGGCCCCCUGCCGUAUCACCGACGCCCCAUGCUGGCAACCGAAUCUGCCCAGAUGUGGAUGCAUCUGAAAGAGGUGGAGUUCCCCAAGGCCCCAGUCUUCCUGGCUUCUGUCUUCAACUAUAAUGGCUCCACUUUGGCGGCUCUGCAUGCCACCCCUCGUGGCUUGCGCUCAGGGGACCGUGCUACCUGGAUAGCCCUCUACCAUAACGUCUCAGGUGUCGGGAUUUUUCUUCACCCCGUGGGGCUCGAGCUACUGCUGGACCAUAGGGCUCUGGACCCUGGCUACUGGGCUGUCCAGCAGGUUUUCUACCUCGGCCACUACUAUGCAGACUUGGGUCAGUUGGAAUGGGAGUUUAAGGCUGGCCGGCUGGACGUGGUUAGAGUUCCUCUACCCCUGCCAGAUGGGGCCUCAUCCCUCCGCUCCCGGGUCUCCCCAGGUCCUCUCCCACCUCUCGAGUUCUCACCUCAGGGCUCCCGGUACAGCGUCCAAGGGCACCUGGUGGAGUCUUUCCUCUGGACAUUUACCUUUGGCCAUGGGGCAUUCAGUGGCAUGAGGAUUUUUGAUGUUCGGUUCAAGGGUGAACGAGUGGCCUAUGAAGUCAGUGUCCAGGAGUGUGUGUCUAUCUAUGGUGCCGAUUCGCCCAAGACCAUGAUGACCAGAUACCUUGAUAGCAGCUAUGGACUUGGCCGUCACAGCCGGGGCUUGGUGCGGGGAGUAGACUGCCCCUAUCAGUCUACCAUGGUGGACACCCACGUAUUGGUGGGUCAAGGGGCAGUCCAGCUGCUCCCGGGGGCUGUGUGUGUAUUUGAGGAGGCCCAGGGACUCCCCCUCCGAAGGCACCACAAUCAGCUUCAGAGUCAUUUCUAUGGUGGUUUGGCUGGCUCGGCCCUCGUAGUCAGGUCUGUGUCCUCUGUAGGCAACUAUGACUACAUUUGGGACUUUGUAUUGCACCCAAAUGGGGCACUCGAAGGGCGGGUCCAUGCCACGGGCUACAUCAACACAGCUUUCCUGAGCGGGGGAGAGGAGAGCCUCCUCUUUGGGAACCGCGUUGGGGAGCAAGUGCUGGGGGCGGUGCACACACAUGCCUUCCACUUCAAGCUGGACCUGGAUGUGGCAGGGCUGAAAAACUGGGUGGUAGCUGAAGACGUGGUGUUUAAACCUGUGGCAGCCCCUUGGAGUCCGGAGCACCAACUGCAGCGCCCACAGCUGACUCGGCAGGUCCUGGGAAGGGAGGACCUGACGGCUUUUUUCUUGGGAAGCCCCCUUCCCCGCUACCUUUACUUGGCUAGCAACCAGACUAAUGCCUGGGGUCAUCAGCGCGGGUACCGAAUCCAGAUCCACAGCCCUCUUGGCAUACACAUGCCGCUGGACAGCACCAUGGAGAGGGCCCUCAGCUGGGGGAGAUACCAGCUUGUGGUGACCCGGAGGAAGGAGGAGGAGUCCCAGAGCAGCAGCAUCUAUUACCAGAAUGACAUCUGGACAGCCACUGCGGCCUUUGCUGACUUCAUCAACAAUGAGACCCUCUUAGGAGAGGACCUGGUGGCUUGGGUUACAGCCAGCUUCCUGCACAUCCCCCACGCUGAGGAUGUCCCCAACACAGUGACUCUGGGGAACAGAGUUGGCUUCUUACUCCGACCCUAUAACUUCUUUGAUGAGGACCCCUCCAUCUUCUCCCCUGGCAGUGUCUACUUUGAGAAAGGCCAGGAUGCUGGUCUCUGUAGUGUGAAUCACGUGGCCUGCAUUCCCCACCUGGCAGCCUGUGUCCCGGACCUGCCGCCUUUCUCUUACCAAGACUUGUAGCCCUGAGUGUAUAGAGGAACAUGGGCAGGGCAGGGUGGUGGUGGUGCUAAGACCUGUACCUUCCUUCCUAUUUCCACUUCCUGCUCUCCUGACACUCGACCCUUGGGAAAUAGCCUCCUACCACAUAAACCCCCAUAUACCCUGUUGGUAAACUCCUGUUUCUAGUUCAUUGUCUUAAAAAUGAUGAAUUUAUACAAAUGAUGCUGUUAUUAAAAUAUUCAGGCAAAAAAAAAUCACAAAUCCUACCACUCAGAAAUAGCUGGUAUUCACAUUUGGUGAACGUUAUACCAGACAUUUCUUUAUGUAUGUGCAUUGAAAUGGAAAAAUAGAAUUUUUU